GCUCGCAAAACCAGUAGCAAAUUCAAGGGUUAGGUAACGCAAAAUCAAUCGCAAUUUGCCGAGACGGAUUUUGGGUCUCUGCAAAUUGCGACGAGGUAAACACAGUUAGUGCCCGGGCACAGAGCCGCAAAACCAACCAUACAGGACUGGAUAGCAUGAGCCGCUGCCAGACUCUACAUAACGGCAAACAACACAAUUCCAUCCGCUACAAUGGCACGAGGAAAAGGACCACGCCUGAAACCCUCUACAUGCUUGGGCUGGUGGAGAAGAUCCUGCCGUUUGGCUCGAACCUGUGGAAUGCAGUAGAGCUACAGUACUACACUAAACUACGCGAUGGCUUCCCUGUAUGCGAUGCGGAGUCCAUCAAACGCAAGUUCUACGCACUCAAGAAUACGCGCAAGCCGUCGGGAGAUCCGGCGUGCCCGGCCGACGUUGCUCAAGCCAAACGUGUAUAUCGUCGGAUCGAAGGGAACUGUGGCGUAAUAGUGUUGGACGAUGCUGCCCCGUCUGUCGAGUCUUCGGCUAGAAGUUCCGCCCCAUCAAACAGUGCUUCGCAGUAUGAGGCAACAUCUAAUACUGAAGAAGCACAAGCGCUGCAAGUGCAGAGCCAGCCUGCGUCUGGCAGAUUGUCAUCCACUGUCAGUGGCGAAGUUAACAAGAGAUUGCUUGACGUGCCUAUUACCGAGAUAUUUUGCACCGGAAAGACAGCGGAAGAGCUGGAGCAGCUAGGAAAGGAACUGCAUACUGUAUCUAAGGAUCUACUGCCAGAAUCGGCUAAGAAACGACGCAGGAUUGAUCGCCUGCUUGAAAACCUAGAGUCAGACGACAGCGCGGAUUGGUGCACCGCUAUUAUUGCCAUGGAGGAGCGUGCCGCCGCUCGAGAGAUGGAUUAUCGCCGAGAGCUCGACGCACAACUUGUCGGGGAUUUCGGAACAGCACUGGGUGAAAUAUGUGUAUCAAGAUCAUUUCAAAUUGCUGACUUACGGAGAGACCACAUCAAAUUUAGCAUAACAAUCCAACAACUGGAUCGGGAACGCAUGUCGAAUCGCCAAGCCUCUCGAUACUUUUGGAUUGUACUUUCGAAAAUUGAGUGAACUUGUGUCAUCAAAGAGGCAACUGGCUGCUGCUUGGUUGGGCAAGAGCCCAUCCACUAGGUUGG